GCAGACAACUUGCAGUUAAUAAAUUUGAAGACGAUGUCUCCUAGCGGCUGCAGCGCGGCGCUGGCCGCGUCCCCCGGCGCGGGGAUCAGACUGGACUCAGACCUGGAAAUAUGUACUUUUCAUUCUAUAGGACACGGACUUUGCUAUGGAGACUCCGGCAGUCCGCUGGUGGUGCGAGGGGGGGGCGCGCAGGUGGGCGUAGCGUCGUGGGCGCACCCGUGCGCGCGGGGCUUCCCCGACGUCUACGCCAGGCUCAGUCCCUACAGGAACUUCUUAUUGGACAUUAUACGAUAGUGCUGUGUAUUUGGUGCUAAAUUGGUGUUAAUUUAUGAGA